AUGGCCGAUAGCGACAGCCGCGACGACGUGCCCCCGGGCAUCGACCCCAAGCUCUGGAACGACGACCACAUCAAUGAAGAACAUCUGGCCGCGUUUGCGCGCGCGCUCGACAGCUCGGACGUCGCCGGCGACGAUGGAGGACCCAUGUCCCCUCAGUCUCCUCGGAACGAGUGGGACGGCGGUGUCGAGAAGCUGACCGCUACGAGUGACUUUGCGGGCUUCCUCUUCCUGAUCAUCUGGCUCGAGUUCAGCAUCUACGUUGUGACGCGGCAGUUCGUGAACCUGUUCGAGUGGCUCGUCGCCUGGCGGGGAAUGAAGCGCAGUCUGCGGAAAAACCUUCGCAAUGCGUCAACGUACCCGCAAUGGGUCGAGGCGGCCUGCGAGAUGGACGACUACAUGGGCCUGAACGAGUGGAAGGAGUCGAAUGACGACUCGUACUUUGACGCACAGCUGGUUCGGCGUGUGCGAGCCACUCUCUCUCGCCUGCGCGCCGCCAAGGACACCCGCGGCCUCAUGGAGGCCCUCGCGGUCUGCGUGCGCCCCAACUUUGCCGGAACCGAGAACGCAAAAAUGUACUCCGAGACGUUCUACGGAACGAAGCGGCUCGUCGAAGCGCACGUGCAGGAGGUCGCGGCGUGCCUAGACUUUGUCCGGCAGGCAACCGACGUCAGUCUCGAGGAGAAGCGCGGCUUCUUCCGCGGCAUCAACAAGAACUACGGCUCGUCGGCGCUCUGUCUCUCCGGCGGGGCCUGCAUGGGAUACUAUCACUUUGGCGUGAUUCGCGGAUUCCUCGAUGCGGACCUGCUCCCCCGUGUCGUGACGGGCACGAGUGCGGGCGGCCUGAUCGCCGCGCUGGUGUGCACGCACACGAAUGCGGAGCUGAAGCAGCUGAUCCGCCCCGAGCUCGCGGACAAGAUCACGGCGUGCGAAGACCCGUUCUCGACCUGGGUGCGGCGAUGGUGGAAGACUGGCGCUCGUUUCUCCGCCGUCGAGUGGGCGCGCAAGGCCAUGUUCUUCACGCACGGCAGCAUGACGUUCAAGGAGGCGUAUGAGCGGACCGGCCGCGCGCUUAAUGUGUCCGUAGUGCCCGCGGAUCGCUAUUCGCCCACGAUUCUGCUGAACCAUCUGACCGCGCCAAACUGCACGAUCUGGAGCGCUAUCAUUGCCUCCGCCGCUGUCCCCGGUAUUCUGAAUCCAGUCGUGCUCAUGAGCAAGUCGCGCGACGGGACGUUGAAGCCGCACAACCUCGGUGGCAGCCGCUUCAAGGACGGCAGCUUACGCGAGGACAUUCCCCUCGGCAGUCUGCACACGCAGUUCAACUGCAACUUCUCGAUCGUGAGCCAGACGAACCCGCACAUCCACCUGUUCUUCUUCGCUCCGCGCGGCAAGGUCGGGCGUCCCGUAGCCCACCGCAAGGGCAAGGGCUGGCGUGGCGGCUUCAUCCUCUCCGCGCUCGAGAGCUACAUCAAGCUCGACCUCAGCAAGCACUUCAAGGUGAUCCGGGACCUGGACCUGAUGCCACAGCUGCUGCAGAGUGACUGGAGCGGCGUGUUCCUGCAGCGUUUCAGCGGCGACCUGACCCUCACCCCGCGGUCGACGGUGCGCGACUGGUUCCACCUCCUCGACGACCCGGACCGGGCCCAGCUCGGGCGCAUGAUCAAGGUCGGGCAGCGCGUGACCUGGCCGGCCCUCCAUAUGGCCGGGAACAGGAUGUUGAUCGAACGCUCGAUCCAAAGGGGACGGCAGGAGUGCCGCCUCGCGGCGAACCGCGACCGGCCGACGACGGACCAGACCGAACCAAGUACGCCGAGGGACAGGCUGCAGCUGCAGAUCCCGAUCGAGAGCGACGCGGACAACGCCAUCCGCCUCCGCGAGCGCCAGAAGGAGCACCGGGAGCGGAACGGCUCGUCCCUCGUCCCCGGCGCUGGGGACGAUAAUGCAAUCACAGUCAAGCGCAGGCGCGGCCGGCGCAUUAGGGACCAGCUCGACCCGACCGUGCCGCACAACUCGAACCCGCCGCACAGCCAUACACCCGUGCAUAGCCGUAGCCAGUCCGUCUCGUCGCCGUUAUCGCCGCGCCGGUUUGCGAACCCGUUCAACUUCUCUAGUUUCGCCAAGAGGCGCAACUCUCGCUCGACCAUGAGCAUUGCGCGCUGGUUUGCUGGCAGCUCCAGCGAGAGCGACUCGGACCUCCCCGACGACGACGACGACAGCGACCCCCUCGACAUGGACUCGGGACAGGACGCGGCCGCUAACGACUACCCGUUCGACGAAGCUGUGAGCUCCCAAGUCGAGAGUGAUGGGCCGGACGCAGACAGACAGCGCACGAGGGUGUCGCAGGAUAUAUGA